AGAACACCGCAGAUUUGGAAUUUGGAACCGAACUUGACAACUUGUGGAUAAAAUUUUAGUUAUAUUUUACCUAUAAAGUAAAGGAUGUCAAAUGAUGCGGUAAAAGUGGGAAUACCGUUGAUUGAUUUAUCAGUUUUUCAAGGUGAAAGCAAUCAGAAUGAAUGCGUAAAUACAACAAAAUCUAUUGCAGAAGCAUGCAGAGAUUACGGUUUCUUCUAUGUUAAAAAUCAUGGCGUAAGUGAAGAAGUACAGAUAAAUUUAUUCAACGCUUUGAAGAGCUUCUUCGCAUUGCCUCUGAGAAAGAAAGAAGUGAUAAAGUCGCAAGGAACACCAGGAAUGGUGGGUUACUUUCAAUUUCAAAGUGAAACAACAGCGUACUUAGUAAAUGAUGCUCCCGACUGGCGAGAAGGGUUGUACUCUUUCGGAGACGAACUUCCAGACACACACCAAAGCAAAGAGAAAUUUCCCCUCGUUACCCAAAGAAAUUUACUGCCUGAAGAACCUGGAGAUUUCCAGGAUGCUCUUGAUGCAUACCAUAAAGAACUGAAUGUAUUGGGUUUCAAAAUCGUGAAUGCCCUCGCACAAGCCAUGGGGUUAAAAGAAGAAUUUUUUAUUCAAAAAUUUCAUCCAUAUCCUACAACCACCAUUGGAAUGUACCAUUACCUUCCUAGCACUAAUCAGCCUAAUGAAAUCUGCUGUGGUGAACAUACAGAUUAUGGCAUACUUACAAUUCUAAUGCAAGAUGAUGUUGGAGGUCUGGAGAUAAGAGGUGAGGAUGGUAAGUGGAUUCCAGCACCUCCCAUUCCAGGGACAUUUGUGGUCAAUCUUGGAGAUAUGCUGGAGGUAUGGACCAAUGGUUCAUUCAAAGCCACAAUGCAUCGAGUUAGGAAGUCAAAAACUGGAAGAGAUCGUAUUUCUGUAGCGUACUUCUUUGGGCCACAGUUGGAAACUGUUGUUAGCCCUCUUCAGAUAAAGAAUCCAAUGAUUCCAUUUAAAGAAAGGGAACUGAACAGUAAUAUUGAAUUACCAGUUGUAUUUGGAGAGUUUUUGGAAAACAAAUACAGAGGCACUUUCCCAGACCAUGAUUACUAAAUACAAUAUGUCUGCAGAUGUAUUUUACCUGUCCAAAUUUAUUCUUAAGCACCACUUUUAUCAUCCUCUGGCAGGAGAACUGUUAGGGGCUAGUGGUGUACUGCAGUUAAUUGCCAAAAUUUAGUAGAUAAUUUCUAUAUUAAUGAAGUAAAUACAAAGUGUAGACGGUG